AAGCGUGGGUGUGAGGAGGUGGGAGAUCUGACUGCGGUACUUGGGAUUUGGAAUUAGAAUUGACCCGUUUACGCUUUGAAGUACUUCUCUUGUCAUGCAUGCUUUGGGCUUACGGUUAAUUUGGUGAGAGGGGAAAUAGACGACGAGACUCGGAUGACGGUUAUCUGCUUCUAUGGUUGAUGGGAUCCUUUCUGGCAUCUGAUAUCAAAGGAAAUUUGGAAUUCUCUUUGUGAGUAUGCUAGAAGUCGAGGCACUCAGCUCACUAAGAUUCGCAUAUUGGGAAUUGUCUGAACUGAGUGGAGGUUUUUCCGUGGCGGUAGGCCGGUGGCCCCUGGCCCCUGGCCCCUGGCCUUUGGUCCUAUAUUUACAUCUUCAAAAGCCCUUUGCGGCAAUUGUAGUGAUUGGAAGACGACAGGGUUGCGUCCCUUUUAGCAUUCGAUGGUGGUUGCCCUUGCUUUUGAAUUUCUGUGGUAGUAUAGCGUAAUUUUUGUUGGUUCAUCUGCAUAUAAACAGCUUCUUGGCUCGAGAUAUAAGGAGUUUUAGAAAGAAUGGGUGAUGAUUAACUCAUGAUGAAAGGGCUGGGUGGAGUCAGAUUCAAUGGGCACCCCUGAUAAAAAAAUAUCUGAGCUUGUUGAAGUAGUUAGAUCCUGGAUCCCCCGGAGGGCUGAGCCACCAAAUGUGUCUAGGGACUUCUGGAUGCCCGACCAGAGCUGUAGGGUAUGCUAUGAGUGUGAUUCCCAGUUCACAAUAUUCAACCGUAGGCAUCAUUGCCGAAUCUGUGGAAGAGUUUUCUGUGCAAAAUGUACUGCUAAUUUUAUUCCUGCACCUUCAGAUGAGCCAAAGACUGGCCGUGAAGAUUGGGAGAGGAUUAGAGUCUGUAACUAUUGCUUUAAGCAGUGGGAACGGGGCGAAGCAACUGUUGAUAAUGGGAUUCCUUCACCAACCCCUUGUCUCAGCCCAUCGCCAUCUGCAACAAGCUUAGCUAGCAGCAAGUCCAGUUGCACCUGUCACAGCAGCAGUAGCACUGCUGGUUCAGUUCCUUAUGCAACUGGUCCUUAUCAGCGUGUGCCUUAUAGUCCUCAUCAAUCUUCUCAAAUGGAUCUAAUGGCAGAUGACCAAGAAAAUGUAACUUCUGGGAAGAGUAUGAAUCCUGGUGGUAUGGUAGGGAAUUUGGCGCCUAAUCAGUAUGGCUAUUGCUUCAACAGCAGGAGUGAUGAUGAGGAUGAUGACUAUGGUGGCUAUCACUCUGAUACAGAAUCAAGGCAUUUUUCUCGUGUUAAUGACUAUGACGAUCCUGUUGACAUUCAUGGGAUUGACCACGUCUAUGGACCACUUGAAAUGCAUCAUUACAGAGAUAACACAGAGACAAAAAGUUUGAAUUCUUUAAUGCCUGCUCAGAAUCUUGAUCUAGAGGGCGUAGAUGGAAUUCAAGCACCUGCCAAAGAAGCUGAUGAGAAUGAUCAUGUUGACAGAUGUGACACAUCUCAUUACAUUGAGGAAAGCACUAAUUCUGAACCUGUGGAUUUUGAGAAUAAUGGGCUACUGUGGCUCCCUCCUGAGCCAGAAGAUGAAGAGGAUGAAAGAGAAGCUGUUCUUUUUUUCGAGGAUGAUGUUGAUGAUGAGGGUGCUGCUGGAGAGUGGGGAUAUCUUCGAUCCCCUGCCAGCUUUGGUUCUGGUGAAUACCGUGGUAGGGAUAAAGCAAGUGAGGAGCACCGGAAGGCCAUGAAGAAUGUAGUGGAAGGGCAUUUUAGAGCUUUGGUAGCUCAGCUUUUGCAGGUUGAGAGUUUAGCUGUUUGUGACGAAGAUCACAAAGAGAGUUGGCUGGAUAUAAUUACAGCAUUGUCCUGGGAAGCGGCCACCCUUUUGAAGCCUGAUAUGAGCAAGGGUGGAGGCAUGGACCCUGGUGGAUAUGUAAAGGUCAAAUGCAUAGCUUGUGGGCGCCAAAGUGAAAGCAAGGUGGUUAAAGGAGUUGUUUGUAAGAAGAAUGUGGCUCACCGGCGAAUGACAUCAAAGCAUGAUAAACCACGUUUCUUAAUACUUGGAGGAGCAUUGGAGUAUCAGCGUGUUUCUAACCAGUUAUCUAGUGUUGAUACUUUAUUGCAGCAGGAGAUGGACCAUUUGAAGAUGGCAGUUGCAAAGAUUGGUUCUCACUAUCCCAAUGUUCUCUUGGUAGAGAAAUCAGUAUCUAGGUAUGCUCAAGAAUACCUUCUUGCUAAAGAUGUAUCACUUGUUCUGAAUAUCAAGAGGCCACUUUUAGAACGUAUUGCUCGAUGUACUGGUGCACAAAUUGUCCCUUCAAUUGAUCAUAUGAAUCCCCAAAAGCUGGGGACCUGUGAAUCAUUUCACGUGGACAAAUAUUUUGAGGAGCAUGGCAGUGCUGGGCAAAGUGGGAAGAAAUUGACGAAGACGCUGAUGUUCUUUGAGGGUUGCCCAAGGCCUUUGGGUUGCACUAUCUUGCUUAAGGGUGCCAAUGGAGAUGAGUUGAAGAAGGUAAAACAUGUAGUACAAUAUGGAGUUUUUGCAGCCUAUCACCUGGCUCUGGAAACAUCGUUUCUGGCUGAUGAAGGUGCUACACUUCCAGAACUUCCCUUGAAAUCUCCCAUUACUGUUGCACUACCUGACAAACCAUCUAGCAUUGAAAGGUCUAUUUCCACUGUUCCUGGAUUUUCAGUUGUGGGUGCUCGAGAGCAUCAAGGAACUGAUUCUGUUAAAGAAUUGCUAAAAUCUAAUGAUGGCCACAAGAAAGAAAGAAACUCAUCUUGUUGCAUUGACUCCAUUGAUGAAUCAUUGGUGGGUAGCUUGACCCACAUGCAAGCACUCUCUGGAGAUGCCAUUCCAUCAGGACAGGAUACCUCAUCUUCCCACUACAAAGAUUUCCUCCCAAAUAAUGAUUCCGAGGAGGACAAUAAAAGAAAUCCUAAAGAAUUUUUUCAAUGCACACGAGAUGUGAGAAGGGAGUCUGUGUUGAAUAAUGAUCUCAUUUCUGAUUCUUUCUACACCUUGGAGCCUUCAGGACAAGUUGGUAUAAACCAUACCAGUGGCACUGUGUUGUCUGCAAAUCAUGGAGAAUGCCUUGAGCCACUACAUGGAAAACACAAUAAUAAUAAUAAUAAUAAUAAUAGUAUUCAGUCUGACGUCAUAAAUUCAAAAGAAGAUUUUCCACCCUCAACUUCAGACCAUCAAAGUAUUUUGGUUUUCUUAUCUACACGUUGUGUCUGGAAAGGAACUGUUUGUGAAAGGUCCCACCUUGUACGAAUUAAAUAUUAUGGAAGUUCUGAUAAGCCUUUAGGACGAUUUUUGCGAGAUCAACUAUUUGAUCAGAGUUACCGCUGCCACUCAUGUGAGAUGCCAUCAGAAGCUCAUGUUCAUUGUUACACUCACCGGCAAGGGAGCCUUACAAUUUCUGUUAAGAAAUUACCUGCAUUUUUACCAGGGGAACGAGAAGGUAAAAUCUGGAUGUGGCACCGGUGCCUGAAGUGUCCUCGUGUAAAUGGUUUUCCUCCAGCCACUCGGAGAAUAGUUAUGUCUGAUGCUGCCUGGGGCCUAUCUUUUGGUAAAUUUUUGGAGCUAAGCUUUUCAAAUCAUGCAGCAGCUAGCAGGGUUGCAAGUUGUGGUCAUUCUCUCCACAGAGACUGUUUAAGAUUCUAUGGUUUCGGGAAGAUGGUUGCCUGUUUCCGCUAUGCUUCAAUUGACCUUCAUUCUGUUUAUCUUCCCCCGCCUAAACUUGAAUUCAACUAUGAUAAUCAAGGAUGGAUACAGAAAGAAGAAGAUGAGGUGCACAACAGGGCUGAUGUGCUAUUUGCUGAAGUUGGCAAUGCUCUAAAUCAAAUGUCGGGUAAGUUUGCAGGUUUUGUGCUGCAGGAGGGAGGAAAUAAAGCAUCUGAUUUCAGGCACUUAAUUACUGAAUUUGAAGGGAUGCUGCAGAAAGAGAAAGAAGAAUUUGCGGAAUUGCUGCGAAAGGUGCUGAAUAGAGAGGUCAAAUUUGGCCAUCAUGUGGUUGAUAAUCUUGAGCUCAAUAAAUUGCUCAGGCAGAUCAUGAUUCAUUCUUAUGUCUGGGACCAACGCCUGAUAUAUGCCUCCAAUCAAAGUAAAAUUAUGCUUCAAGAAGAAACAAGGAAUUCGCCUCCAAAUGUCAAGGAGAAGCCAAUUGGCUCCAGGGAGAAGGUUGUUGAGGUGAAUGUGGCCUCCAAGCCAGGGAGGGGCCAUGGCAGUUGUGAUUCCUUUCUUUCAGGAGAAAAUCCUGAUGGAAGUCUUACUCAAGGAAGCACAGACCUCCUUAACCAACCUGGCGAAGCACAUAAAUGUGAAGACAAGGAUAUAAACACAAGUCAUGGAAAGGUUGACCUUUCUCUUUCUGAUGUUGCAAAUAUUGGUGAUAAAUGUGAACCUAUAGAGUUUGGAGGAGCUGUUCAAAGGGCUCAGCCAGAGGGUGAGUCUUCUAUUAUGGCUAAUUUAUCUUAUACCCUUGAUGCCGCCUGGACUGGUGAAAGUCACCCAACAAAUUUGACACCAAAAGAAAAUAUUUGUGUGUCUCCAGAUGCAUCUCCAACAGAUCCUCCGCCUAUGGGAGAUUUGGUUGAAGCAAAAUCAGAUUUUGAAAAUUAUACCGGUAGUAGGGGUGUGGAUGAGAUGGGAAGCAAGCAUGAUUCUAAAUUGCUUCUCAAAGGCCUUGAUACAAGAUGGAGCGGGAUGCCGUUUCCAAACUUAUACAGUUCAUUCAAUAAAACUUCUUCCUUGAAUACUCAAAAACUUGGUGAGUACAACCCUGUCUACAUUUUAUCAUUUCGAGAAUUGGAGCGCCAGAUUGGUGCCAGAUUGCUUCUGCCUGCUGGUAUUAAUGAUGUCGUAGUGCCUGUCUACGAUGAUGAACCCACUAGUGCAAUAGCGUACGUGCUUAUGUCACUAGAUUAUCACGUGCAGAUGGCAGAAUCUGAAAGGGCUAAAGACAGUGGAGAUUGUUCAGUUUCAUUGCCACUUUUUGAUUCCACAAGUCUACUUUCUCUUAGCUCUUUUGAUGAGACAAUUACUAAUACAUACAGAAGUUUUGGCUCUUCUGAUGAGAGCAUCUCUUCAUCCUUUUUUUCUCGAAGUUCUCAGGCUGGGGAUCCACACUUGGAUGCAAAGGAUUUCCAUGCGAGGGUUUCUUUUACGGACGAUAGCUCCCUUGGAAAGGUCAAGUAUACUGUGACUUGCUACUUUGCAAAGAGAUUUGAGGCUCUUAGAAGGAUUUGUUGUCCUUCAGAGUUAGAUUUUGUGCGGUCUCUUAGUCGUUGUAAGAAGUGGGGGGCCCAGGGAGGAAAGAGCAAUGUUUUCUUUGCUAAAACUUUGGAUGAUAGAUUUAUAAUCAAACAAGUUACAAAGACAGAGCUUGAGUCAUUCAUCAAGUUUGCACCAGCUUAUUUUAAAUAUUUGUCCGAAUCAAUCAGCUCAGGAAGCCCUACUUGUCUAGCUAAGAUCUUGGGCAUUUAUCAGGUGACAUCAAAGCACCUCAAAGGAGGAAAGGAAACAAAGAUGGACGUGUUGGUAAUGGAAAAUCUUCUCUUUAGGCGGAACAUCAGACUGCUUUAUGAUUUAAAAGGGUCAUCUCGAUCACGUUACAACCCAGAUACAAGUGGGAGUAAUAAAGUUCUCCUGGAUCAGAAUCUCAUAGAAGCAAUGCCUACCUCUCCAAUAUUUGUUGGGAAUAAGGCAAAGCGGUUGCUUGAGAGGGCUGUGUGGAAUGAUACUUCAUUUCUUGCUUCGAUUUAUGUGAUGGAUUAUUCGUUGCUGGUUGGUGUGGAUGAGGAAAAGCAUGAGCUGGUUUUAGGGAUAAUUGAUUUUAUGAGGCAAUAUACAUGGGAUAAGCACCUUGAAACUUGGGUGAAGACGUCAGGGAUCCUAGGUGGACCUAGGAACACUGCUCCAACAGUAAUAUCGCCUCAACAGUACAAGAAACGGUUCAGGAAAGCUAUGAGUGCAUAUUUUCUUAUGGUGCCUGAUCAGUGGUCUCCUCCAAUGUUACACCCUAGUGGCUCCCAAUCUGACCUUUGUGAUGAACAUUCAUGAUACUGUCUUCUCUUAUAGCUAUACCUCAUUGUAUCUUGUCGUCUCCCAAUUUUUGCUCCUUUUCCAUAGUUUGCAAGGGCUCCUCCAAUUCCUGGAGAUCCUUUUAUUAGAAAGGGAAUGGAAGACGUUAUCCCAUGAAAUGGUAAAUGUACAGCUUAUUAUUUGUAACCUUUUUUCCUUGUUGGUUGUAAAAUAAUGUAUUUCCUCUGUUCCAAUUUGUUGAUUUCCCUUCUCUUGGAAGGCAGAUACUAUGGGAUGAUUAUGUAUCACGCUUUUGCCUCA